CCCUUUUCCCUUCCCUCCCUCAAAUUUUCUCGGGAAAGAAAACGCAAGAAAAUUAAAACAGAAAAUUCACUUUUCCAGUUAAACCCCCGAAAACCGUUUCUCAUCCCGCCCAGCUCUCCCUUUAGUUCUUUCCAUCUCUGUCUCCUCAAGAACUGUUUUAAACACACUCUUUCUACUUCUCUCUCAAUAAAUAUCUAGGGUUUCCUGAAUUUCCUCUUCUCUAUCUGUCUGUCAAAUCUUAAAUUCUCGAAUUCUCAAUUCCAUACCCUAGAACUGUGAACCGGAAAAUGGAGGAAGGAACUAGUGGGGGUGCUGGAGCGGAAUCAUCGUCAAGGACAACGCCGACGUAUGUGAAAUUAGGAGACCGGCAAAUAUUCACGGUGGAGCUUCGACCUGGUGAGACAACAUUCGUGUCAUGGAAGAAGCUGAUGAAAGACGCAAACAAGGUCAAUAGUAGAUCCGCGCCGGCUUUGGACCUACCUCCCGCCAACGCUCACCCCAACCUUGAGUCUCGCCUCGCUCCUGGACAACCAGCUGAAAAUGAAGAGAAGGAUGCACCUCAUCCAAAUCGUUUCAGUGCUGUGAUUGAGAAGAUUGAACGUCUUUACAUGGGUAAAGAUAGUAGUGAUGAGGAAGAUCUAAAGGAUGUUCCUGAUGAUGAUCAAUACGAUACAGAUGACUCCUUUAUUGAUGAUGCUGAGCUGGAUGAAUAUUUUGAAGUGGAUAAUUCAGCAAUAAAACAUGAUGGGUUUUUUGUUAACAGGGGGAAGCUGGAACGCAUAAAUGAGCCUACUGUUUUACCUAAUCAGCAAGCAAAGAAAAGACGAAGAAAAGAAUUAACUAAGGCCUCUGGUGAGAGUGAUGAUGGCUCUGUGUCAAAUAAACAUGUAAAGCUGGUUAAGUCAGCGGCUGGGAAGAUAGCAUCACCACUUGGAAAGAACUCUUCUAAUUUCUCUCAAAGUUUGGUUGUGACAAGCGAACACUGUGAGGACGUGAGGUCUCAGAAUCUAUCACAUGCACCUGGAAUUUCUUCUAAGAAGAAAUCUGCUGAAACUAAAAUGAAUACAGAUCCAUCUUCUCUGAUACAAAUUUCAAAUGGCGAUACUUCUGUAUCUCCAGCGGAGGCUAAAGAUAUAGAAAAUCCAAAGACUGGAGGGCUCCUAGCAAAGAACAUGACGAACAAAUCGAAAGAUGUAGGUGGAUCAUUGGAUGUUUCACAUCAGAAAUAUCAUGAUAAAAGUGCUUACCCACAAUCCAAGUUUCACGCUGCUAAGUCAGUUACCAGCGUUGAUGAGCUUGAACCAUCAGUUAGAUCAAAAGAAAGGAACGGAGUCCGUGAACUGCCUGAUCUUAACAUGCCAGAUGCCAAGAUGUCCAUGCAAGUAACAAAACCUUCACAUGUUCACAAAAAGGAUGGUUCUAGUGUUAAAGCCAAAAGUUCAAUGCUGGAAAAUGCCAUCAGGGAAUUGGAGAAGAUGGUUGCUGAAUCAAGGCCACCAGCUUUGGAAAAUCAAGAGGCUGAUAUCUCAUCCCAGGCAAUUAAGAGGAGAUUGCCCAGAGAAAUAAAGCUAAAGCUUGCUAAAGUUGCAAGACUAGCGCAGGCCAGCCAAGGGAAAGUAUCAAAGGAGUUGCUCAAUCGCCUUAUGAGCAUUCUUGGUCACUUAAUACAGCUCAGAACACUCAAGAGAAACUUAAAAGUAAUGAUUAACAUGGGCAUGUCUGCUAAGCAGGAGAAAGAUGAUAGGUUCCAACAAAUAAAGAAAGAAGUUGCUGAGAUGGUUAAGAUAUGUGUCCCUUCUUCAGAGUCCAAGACAUUGGAGCAACAAGCCGGAGCAUCUGGUGAUCUGCAAGAAAUUGCUUCUGAGGAAAAAGGAGCCUUUAGAAGAAAAUUUAGCAUGGAUACUGUGUUGGAGGACAAAAUUUGUGAUCUCUAUGACCUCUUUGUUGAUGGACUGGAUGAAGAUGCUGGACCACAAGUCAGGAAGUUGUAUUUAGAGCUUGCACAGUUGUGGCCAAGAGGUUUCAUGGACAAUCAUGGGAUCAAGCGUGCAAUUUGUAGGGCAAAAGAGAGACGGAGGUCCUUGUAUGUUAGACAUAAGGAUCAAGAGAAGAUCAAGAGAAAAAAGAUGUUGGCACCCAGAUUGGAUGAUGGUGAUGGUGAUGAUAGUUCAAUUAUAUUUAGUUCUGCUGCUCGACAACAAUAUAUGCGAGAGAGGUUGCUUACUGAUACAGGUGGUCCUGUUUUGGCUUUAGCUAGCAAGUCACUUCCCAAUUCAUUGAUGGCAGCUGUUCGAUUACCAAGUCCGUCAAGGAACAUACCAAACUGGGACAGGCUGAAACAGGAGAAGCCAAAAGGAAGUUCAAGCAAUGCCAUCGAUGAGGCAAAGAUGGCAGUAGAUGUUGCAUUGACAAAGAAAAAGGUAAAGAGGAAGUCAGAACAAGAGUUGAAUGAAACUCAUUUCCGUUCUGAGAAGUUGCAAUCCCAAUCUAGUGAAGAAAGACACAAGUCCCUUAAGCAAGCUUCAGGUCUUCCCCAAAAGUUAAACCUUCAGUUUACUACCUCAAGUUUCGAACAGUCUAGCUGACGCAAUAUAGUUGGAUUAGGAAGUUUACACCACAGAAGUAAUUGUGUAACAAAAUGUUUCUUCUUUAUUUUGUCUUCAGCAGGCUUUAUUAAUUCUGACCAGCCGCUUGCUACCAUUUUUGUAAUUAAGUGUUGAAUGGUGCGUUGUUAGAUUUCUGACUGGAAAUUGGGGAUGGCAGAAUGCUGUAUUUUCUUAAUGCGAUUAAAGCAUUGCUUUGACGUGCAA